GCCAAUUUGUCAGGAAACGCGUAAGAUUCAAUUAAGGUUCAAAACUGUCAGUGAUUUCGAAUCUUGCGCAAGUAUUAUUGAGAGAUAUAUAAAUUGUAGACGGAUGAAUGAUCCAACAUUGAAUUUAAACGGCGAAUCGAGUAUCAGUAAUCAAACUCAAGAGAACACAAAUAGUGUUUCGCAGUUUCGAACAAGUGUAGUUACAUAUAAUAAUGUAAAUUUAGAAAGAACACAGAGGGAGCCUUCAGUUGUUAAUGCUCGAGCGGGACAACAUCAACAAAGAAUCGGCCCACAAAAUAGUUCGUCAACCGCAUCUCCAACUUCAUCUUAUACGUCUGCUUUCUCUGAUAAUACGCGAAAUUCAAUGAUUCAAAUAGAUGAAGAUCGUUCAAAAUUUCAAUUACGAGAUUCACAAUCAAGCUUCACUAAUAAUAUAAACAUGCAGCAGUUUACUGUUUCACAACAAAAUAACCAGGUUCGAGAUGUUCACAAAAAUAAUUUGUCAAGAUCUUCAAUGAAUAAUGUAGAGUUGCAUCAAUCUAAUGGAAUCCAUGAUCAAAAUCAACAAAUCAAGUCAGCCAACACUUCAGUUCGACAAAGAAAUUCGCAAAAUAAUUCUUUGCCACACAUAAAUAAUCAGCAUAUGACAAGUGCCGUUUUACGUUCGUCUAAAUAUAUGGAAAAUGAACACAAUCAAAAAUCAGUCUCAUAUACAAAUAAUCAAAGUAUAUAUAUUAACCCAAAUAUAACUCAAAAUGAACCGGACAAGCCAUCUUAUACUCCCAGUAGAUAUAUGUCGGUCCCUCCUCAAGUAUCAACUCACAAGACUCACAAAGCACCCUUAUCGGCUCAAAAUGAUCAGUUUUCGCGUCAAUCGCAACAACAGGCAUAUUCCCUACAGCAGCAAAACGAAUAUAAUCAAAAACAAUAUCAAAUAAAACUUCAGACGGAUACUAACGAAUCAAGAGUGCGGCAAAAUUUACAGACAACUCAUCAUAAUAUUAAUAUCGAAAAUUCACAACGAACGUUUAAUGAACAAGAAAAUGUUGAAAAGAACGAAACAAAUAUUACCCAAAAUAAUUCGAGUAUUACGGAUAAUGCGAGCAUGGGAUCAUCUCAUACAGACAAUGUAAACAUGACUUUUCAAUCAAGUCAUCAAUCCAUGUCUCCUAAUAAUCGAAAAGUGACAAAUAGUACACAGUCACGAUUUGGGUCAUUCUCCAAUCCGCAGAAAAAUAUAUUACAGAAUAUGCCAAAUUUACAAUUACCAUGUACACAAAAUCAAAUAACCACUAAUUCAGUAGCAGUCCAGCAAGUGAAGAUAAAACAAGAGCAAAUGGAUAUUUCUCCUACGUUACAUAAAAAAGAGCCUUAUUUUAUCGACUUAACUAUAAAUGAAGAUGAUAAUGGGUUUGAAUUCGAUUUUCAACCGACGCGAGUUCCGAGUUCUCAUAUACAAGCAAAAUCCCAACCGAACCUAAUUAAUCAAUCACAAUUUGCACAAUCUAUUGCAUCUCAAGUUCAUUUACAACCCACAAACUCGGAUCAACCCUCUACUCUUUUAUCACAUUCAACACAAAAUACCUACUCGUCAGCUAAACAAAUUUCGCCGCAUUUAACACAGGAGGGAUUUCAACAUUUACGAAAUCGACCAUUAUCCACAAUCCAACCCUUAAACAAUAAUUUAAUUCAGAGACAACAUAUUCCAUUACCUGAAGACGACGAUGAACUUCAAGAUUGGAUUCUAGAGAUAUUAAAAGAUCCAAAUUUUCCUCAAUUUAUUUCAAGAGUAGAGAAGCUAUGGAAAGUACGUCUUCUGGCGUAUGAUUUAUAGACUUGAAAUACUGGGAUCAGAUUUAAUCAGAUUCGAAUCAGAUCACGAGUAGUUUAUAAAAAGAUUAUAUAUUCAAUAAUAUAAUUUUUCUGUUAUUUAUAAUAUUGUAAUAAUAUAAUUCCAUUAAAGAUUUAUACAGCAUUGUGGUAUAUAAUAAACACGAUAAACACCAAUCUUACCAUCUUUUUAUAACUUGACUCUGUAUUAUUUUUCUCUGCUCCCUAUAAG